AUGUCAACCCUCCAUGACAUCCCCGAUGGACCCGUGGAGGAGCUAGAUGCCGCCGCCUUGGAAGAUCUCAUAGGCGUCCUACAGCGUCAUCAAAUUGAAUGUGAAAAGACCAGUCGCUACAGCGAAGCGGAGGCAACACGAAAACGACUUGAACAAUUGAGGGAAACUGAGAAGGGAAGGGCAAGGGAGGAACUCCGCACUCAGCAACUGGCUGAGCGGCUCAGCGUAGAAGAGGCACAUAUGAAUGAGCUUCAGGAGUUCAACGAGAUCUGGGAUAAGACCAUGAUGGAAUUCGAACAACAUUCUCAAUCGCUGCAACAACAAUUGGCCGAAAGACAGAUGCAGGACCACUUGGCUUAUAGAGACAAGUUGAACCGGGAGGUGCAGCCUAAGGCGCCACGAUGGAGCAGGCAACUGUUGAACUUGAGGAGAGUACAAGAAACUCUAGGGAGGCAGAAGCAAUACGCGGACGCGGCUCGGUCGAAAGAACAGGCUGAUCUGCUUGAGUUGAAGGAGCAUGAGGCUUGGAAAACGAAAAGGGACAAGAAAAUUCAGAGCCUUCUCGACCAGUAUACGUACAAGCAGCAGCUUGAAGCGGCUGGGCUGGAGCAGAAGUCAGCACGACGCACAGAGCUGGAGCGUCUGUUACAGCGUUAUCACAAUGUGAGAACUCAACUUGAGAAACAACAGCAUCUCAUACGACAGAGGAUGGAGAAAUCCCUUUCUUACCACGGAGGAUGCCGGUCGAAGAGUCAGAGCAUGUCCCCUGUCCGAAGGGCGGCCCUGGAUGAUCAAACUGCGGUCGGCUGCGGUACGACGGCACGCAAGGCAGGAGGUACCAACCCGGUCUUCGGCGUCGCUGUGAAUUGUGCUGGGCAGCUGGUCGUGCUCUUUGGACUGAUCAAGGGACAGGAGGAUGGCAAUGAUGAUGGUGGAUCUAGUGUUAUCAAUUUGGUCGGAGCCUUUGACUGGUUCCUGUCACCAUCGCAGCAGGAGUUGGGUAUAGUCAUGGAAAGAUGUGACUUCUGCCUCGAUGAUUUCAUCUGUGUUAUCAACGCGGUUUCGGAUCGUCUGAGUAGAGACGAGUCCCUUCGAAAUAGCGUUAACUCUGCAGUGGAUGGGAAAAUGAAGGGUCAGUCUUGGUGGGUGCGACUCCAUUCCGAAGAGAUGUUGCGUAUCUUUGCGCAUGCGUGCGGAGCUCUGGAGUAUCUUCAUGCCAAUAUGAUUGUUCACUGUGAUGUGAAACUCGACAAUCUACUCUACCAUUCGGCCAGUGGGUCAUGGAAACUAUGCGACUUUGGCUCUAGCCGUACCGUCCCCGCGCUAGGGGAAGCUCUCAAAUCGACAGAUCGUCUUGUUGGUACGUUGUGGACAGCAGCUCCGGAAGUCAUAAGAUACGGAUACAUUACACCAGCCUGUGAUGUCUGGUCCCUGGGCUGUGUUUUGUGGGAGUGUGGCUACCUUGAGCGACCCUUCAACUCGAGAGUACUUUUAGCAUAUCAAAACAAGUCCGUGAACUUACUCGAAGGACCAAAGAGAAGGCCGGGGACGCCGCUUUGGAUUUAUAGCAAACAACUGCUGUUACUUGUGAAAGAGCGUAUGCUCGUGCAGAAGCCGGAGUUGAGAGCUGAUUGCUCACAAAUGCUCGCGACUGAGUUCCUCCCCAGCAAGUUUCCGAGGGGCUCAUUAACUGUUACUGCGCAGGAUUUCGCCUCGGUGUGGUACGCCAAACAGGGUAUCUUCACGAACGUGGUUGAGAUGCGGCUUAUUGAGCGUUUACGCUGGGAGCAUACGACCGAGUAA